AUGACCCAGCCUUCUUCGUUACCGACUCUCACGCCCCAAUUCUGCUUCGCGACGUCUACUUUGCGAGGCUUCCUGCGACUCUCGCGCAGCUCCAUCGAUGACACCAUAACCCAGAACCUGAACGCCCUAGAGACCCCAGCCAGGGCAGGAUUCGAUCCGAAGUCGACAUCGCAGCUCGGACCGCGGCCUCUAUCGCGCCACCAGAUCGACCCGGCGGCCUGCAACUCUUUCAAGGACAAGGUCCUCUUCCCCUCGUGGCAGGCCCGGUCCGAUGUGCUGAGCUACUGCUCAUUGGUCGCCACGAGCCCUGACCCCGACGACCCGGAGCGAGCUCUGAGGGAGGCGGAGCAGGAAAAGAACCGGGAGCGCGUCGUCGACGAGAGACUGGACCCGUACUCGGCGCGCUACCUUCCCCGGGAGGCCCGGACCGAGCACCUGGCCAUGAUCCUCCGGCAGGAGGUGGGGGUGGAAAACAUUGUCCGGAACAGGACAUGGGACAUAGUUAAAGGGAGGUGCGGCAACACUGCCUUCGUUGCUUGGGAACAAGCCCUGGCCGAAUGGCGAAGAACCAGAGAAACGCCACAGCAGGGGAGUCGAUGA